UUUUUUUUUUACUUUAUUUUCACUUUAUCUAUUAUUAUGUUUCAAUUUAUAAAUGAUUGGAAGCGUAAGCGUGGCAGUAGCGUUAAUUCAACUCAUGUUCCUACUUGUAAAGAUUCACUAAGACACGAAGAAGAAAUUACCUCAAAUGAAGCCACAACAACUAAUGUAUUGAUGUGUCGAAGUUCUUCUAUGGAUUCUGAUAAUAAAUCAUUUGCUUCUAUAUCAAGCAUCAUGGAUUGGAAUCAACCAAAGGACUCAUUUACAUUUAAAGACGAUUAUGUAUCAUUUCCAAGUCUUGAACCUGAAGUUUCUUGUUACUACAAGCUAUUCCUGCAUUUUCUUCUUUCUUGUAAAUAUCUACUAUAAUUACAUGCAUACAACAAGUAUAAUAAUAAUAAUAAUAAUUCAUCUCUUCUAUGUUAAAUACAUUAUGAAUAUAUACUUUCUUUUUAUAUAUUUACAUAUGAAAAAACAAAACAAAACCUUACCCUUAUGUAUGAUAAAUAAACUUGCGCACUGACUCUUUAUUUUAUUUUUUAUUUCAUUUUUUUUUUUUACACAAACUUAAUCACGUUAGAGAGGGAAAAAUCAGCUAACUUUAUUAGCUUUACUGUUCGGAGGGUGUGUGUGUGUGUGUGUGUGUGUGUGGAAAGUGCAUAAACUUAU